ACCGAUGGCGGCUCCUGUGCGGCACUUCCGGCGAUGUGGCGAUGGCGGCUACCGGGGCUGCUCCGGGCCGGGCCAGGUCCCGGCGGAGUGGCGAUGCCCCGCGCGGGGCUCAAGAAGUGGGUGCUGCCGCCGGAUUACAGCGGAAUCACCUUCCCGGAGAAGCCGAAGCUGAAGUUCAUGGACAAGGUGCCGGCCGUGCCCAAGGUCCGGCGGGAGCCGCGGAUGCUCCGUGACAUCCGCGGGCCGUCCCGGGAGGCCACCGACUUCAGCCAGGGGCAGUACGGGAUCCUGGCUCUGGGCGGGGGGUACCUGCACUGGGGCCACUUCGAGAUGAUCCGCCUGACCAUCGGGCGCCACAUCGACCCCAAGUCCAUGUUCGCCGUGUGGCGCGUGCCCGCCCCGUACAAGCCGGUGACCCGCAAGAGCCUGGGCCACCGGAUGGGCGGCGGGAAGGGCCCCAUCGACCACUACGUGACGGCCGUGCGCAGCGGCAGGCUCGUCGUCGAGGUGGGCGGCCACUGCCACUUCGGCCAGGUCCGGCCUUUCCUCGCCCAGGUGGCCCAAAAGCUGCCCUUCCCGGCCGUGCCCGUGAGCCGGGAGAGCCUCCAGGAGAUGCGCCGGGAGGAGGAGGAGAAGAGGCUCAACAACCAGAACCCCUGGACUUUCGAGCGCGUCGUCACCUCCAACAUGCUGGGCAUGAGGAAGUACCUGAGCCCCUACGACCUGCGGCUCCAGGGCCGCUACUGGGGCAAGUUCUUCCUCAGGCACAGGGUGUGAGGGGCGCGGGCGGCAUUCCCACGGGAUUAAAGCGGCACGCCGGAGCCCGCGCUGGCGUUCGGAGGUGGGAAUGCUGGGCCGGGAGCGUCCCGGGGGGACACGUGGGGCGGAGGCGCAAGGCAGAGCCCGGCUGAGCUCAGGGAGGUGGAAUUGUGGAGCUGGGAGCAUCCCGGGGGAUUUGAGGAGUGAGGCUCUUUGUCCUGGAAUCGUGGAGCUGAGGGAUACGUGGAUCCAGGCUGAGGAUGGAUGAGCUCUUUAUCCUGAAGUGGGUUUUGGAGCUGGGAGCAUCCCGGGGGAUCCACGGAUCGGGGUUUGAGGCGUGAGGCUCUUUGUCCUGAGCUGGAAUCGUGGAGCUGAGGGAUACGUGGAUCCAGGCUGAGGAUGGACGAGCUCUUCAUCCUGAAGUGGGUUUUGGAGCUGGGAGCAUCCUGGAGGAUCCAUGGAUCAGGGUUUGAGGCACGAGGCAGAGCAUGGGUGAGCUCUAUCCUGAAGUGCAUUUUGGAGCUGGAAACGUGGGACUGGGAGCGUCCUGGGACAUAAAUGAAUCAGGGAUUGAGCCACAAGGCAGAGUGUGGGUGAAUUCUUUAUCCUGAAGUGGGUUUUGGAGCUGGAAACGUGGGAUUGGGAGCAUCCUGGGAAAUCCAUGGAUCAGGGUUUGAGGCACAAGGCAAAGGAUGGAUGGGCUCGGCACUGAAGUGGGUUAUGGAGCUGGAAACCAGGAGCUGGGAGCAUCCCAGGGAAUAAAUGGAUCAGGGUUUGAGG